GUUUCUAAUAUUGGCCACGUCAAACAUUGGACAUUGUCAGAAAACAAUGUUCAGGAAUAAAUAUAAAAAUUUUAUGUUAAACUUUUAAAUCCUUAACACAGUACAAUGUCUCCACAGCGAGAAGAAAAUGCAUAGAUUCGUUAAUUUAAAUUGCUUAAUAGAGUCCAAUGACGCACCAACAUUCCCUAUUGAUACAAUACAAAACCUGAGGCAAGCAGUUCUGGCACCAAUAAAAUAUAAACCGAAUAUUGAACAAACGCUACAAAGAGCAAACUUCAAAUUCCAUAGAACUUGUAGCUACUCCAGUCUGAUCAGAGAAUGUAAUGCAACCGAAGGUCAAACAUUGCUAAUAUUUUGGGGAAGCAGUAGUUCCGACAGCAGAGUCACCAUAAGUAAUAUGUCCGCAUCCAGUUGUUCGUCAGUGCAUAUGCCUCCUAGCGCGCACAAUCACGGUACCCAGCGCGACAGAGACCUGCGGUCCACGGCGCAGCAGACUGACAUUAGCUGCAGAUACUCGCCCGGUGUUUCCUCCCCAGCGAAUCUCUCGGAUCUGCAAGACCCGCAAGUGCUGCGCGAGCGCCUCGCCGACUCGCUCACUUUCUCGUCGCCGGCGUCGUCCAUCCUGCAGCCGACUGCGCGAUCCAUGUCGAUACUUGGCUCCGUUUGCGCUUUGCUGCUGAAGAAACAGGGUUCAGACGCGAAGGAGGUAUCCAGCGUGACGUGCAGCAUCCGGUCCGACAACAUCUGCCGCAUCUGCUUCGGCGGCGGGUCGGCGGAGCGGCUGGUGCGGCCGUGCUCGUGCCGCGGCACCAUCGCCGCCGUGCACCGCUCGUGCCUCGAGCGGUGGCUGCUGCAGGCCGCCACGUCGUACUGCGAGCUGUGCCGGCACCAUUAUGUCGUGACUAGGAGUCAUAAAUGGUCGUGGGCGCGCUCGGUGGUGGAGUGGGCGCGGUCGGGGCGCGGGCGCGCGCUGGCGGCGGACGCGUGGCGCGGCGCGGCGCUGGGCGCGGCCUCCGUGCUGGGCACGGCGCGCGCGCUGCACGCGUGCGACGCGGCGCUGCAGGCGGGCGCGCGCCGCGGCGGCGGCGCCGCGCUCGCGGCCAACCUGUUCUCCUCGCUGCUCAUCGGGGUUAUAGGCGCGCUCAACGGUCUGCUGACCACGUGGAUGCUGCUCAAGAUCCAGGAGCACCAGAUGUCGUGGCGCACGUGGCGCGACAGCACACUGCACGUGCACGUGUCGCUCGCGGAUGCGACUCCCACGCCCACGCCCAGCGCGAGCUCGCUGGCCACGGUUGUGGGCGUGGCGGACGCGCCGGACGCGACCGCGGACCGCGCCACCAACGUGGCCGACCCAUUUAUGGUCGCUCUGCCUUUUAGAUUGACGGAUCCUUGAGUGUGUUGUGUGUGAGUAAAUACUUUCGAAAGACUUUAGCAGAUAUUCUUUUUGCAUAUAGAUUAAUAUAGCUAUUUUCCUUGUUAGAAAUUAGAAGAAGUAUAAAAAAGUAAGAAAUUUUAACGUCUUCAAAAAUAUUGCAUAAUCAAAAUAAAUGUUUCGGAU